GGGAAGAGGAGCAGAUUCCAGCCUGCCCCACUCCCAGGCAUCCAGGGGCAGCCACAGCUGCUCUGGGAAUUCCAGCCCAGCCAGCAAUUCCUUCCCAAAAUCCCAUCCAUCCCUGCCCUCUGGCAGUGGGAGCCAUUCCCUGUGUCCUGUCUCUCCAUCCCUUAUCCCAGUCCCUCUCCAGCUCUCCUGGAGCCCCUUUAGGCUCUGGAAGAGUCUCUGAGCUUUUCUUGGAGCUUCUCUCAAUUCAGGUCCCGUUUCCACCAUGGAAAACCGCUGGAAUUCCAUGGGAUCCAGGGGCUGCAGACUCCAGCAGCUGCUCGGUGGUUCCAGACCCCGGGAAGCUCCUGAUUCCCGUCUAAUCUUUAACCAGAGGCGUUUCCAGCUGGGUUGUGUUGCUUCAUUGCUCUCCUGCCUCGUUAAUUUUUCCCUCCCUCUCCGGCCGUUCCCGGUGUUCCGGAGUUUUCCUGGGCAGAGGUAGAGCCUGGGAUGGGAGGAAUCCAAAGGGAAUUCCAGGGGGUUUUUUGGGAGUGGCUCAGCGGCACAUCCAAAGGCUGGAUUCCCACCGGGAGGUUGGGAUGGGCUGGAGUGGCAGCUCAGGAUGUGCAGAGGCUCCGGGAGCUCUCAGAAUCCUGGGAAUCCAGAGCCUUGGAUUCCUCUGGAUGCUGCUGGGAUGAAGCUGAGCCCGUGCCUGGAGCAGGAGCUCCCUUCCUGCUUUUCCUGCUCUGGGUGGGCCCUGGCAGGAGGGAAGGAGGGAUCAUGGAUUUUUCCCUUUAUUCCCAGAGCGGAGGCAGCGCUGCAGACGCCAGGAUCGGGACUGUCCGGGAGCAGCGCCAUUCCCGUGGGAUGUGGCCAGGAGGGCUCUGAGGCGCCAUCCCGUGGGAAGCUGAGCUGGAAAAGCGCCGGGAUCCGGAGCCACGGCCAUGCUGAGCCCCAGGCCCCGGCUGCUCCGCGCCCACCAAGUGCCCCAGAGCUACCGGGAGCUGGGAAUUCUCUCCGGGUACCGCCCGCCCCGGAGCUCGGCCUGCGAGUGCCUGCUCAGCCUCUUCGGGAUGAGCAACGAGACCCUCAACAUCUGGACACACCUGGUGCCCGCCGGGUAUUUCCUCUGGCUGCUCCAGGCUCGGCUCCGGGAUUUGGGGCGGGAUGCGGGGGCGGGGCCGUUCCUGGCCUACCUGGGCACGUGCGCGCUGUACCCGCUGGCCUCGAGCGCCGCCCACACCUUCGGGGCCCUGGGCGGGCGCGGCCGGCACCGCGCCUACUGCUGCGACUACGCCGCGCUCAGCCUCUACAGCCUGGGCUCGGCGCUGGCGUAUUCCGCCUACGUCUUCCCGCCGGAAUGGGUCGGGAGCACAUUCCAUGAUUUCUACGUUCCCGUGGCCGUGUUCAACUCCGUGCUCAGCACUGGCCUGUCCUGCUAUUCCAGGUUUCUGGAGGCGGAGCGGCCCUGCCUGAGCAAAGCUUCCCGAACUUUGGCCUUCGUGUAUCCCUACAUUUUCGACAGCAUCCCAGUUUUUUACAGGCUCUCCCGGAGCCGCUCCGAGCGCUCGCUCCCGCUGCAUUCCCGGCACAGCCUCUGCGCCCUCCUCACCUUCCUGAGCUUCACCUCCCGCCUGCCCGAGCGCCUGGCGCCCGGCAGCUUCGACUUCAUCGGGCACAGCCACCAGGUUUUCCACGUCUGCGGGAUUUUGGGAACGCUCUUCCAGCUGGAAGCCGUCUCCAUGGACAUGGAGGAGCGGCGGGGCCGCUUCCCACUUCCCUCUUCCCUGGAAACCUUCGGAUCCCUGGGAAUGGGAGCUGCUGCCAGCCUGGCCAUCCUCGGGAUCUGCUUCCGCAGCCUCCGCCCGGAGCCUCUUUCCAGGGAAAAAUCCCGCUAGGAUCAGGGAUUGCCUCGGAUUUUUUUCAUUCCAGAGGUGUCCGUGUGGAUGAGGGGGAGUUUGGUCUCCUGGAAAUAUUUCUUUGGGAAUUUCCCCAGGGAAAACUGCACUGGUUUUUAUCCAUGGAUGGGCUGGGAAACGCUUCCCAUCCCGUUGUUAUCCGCAGGGAAAGCGUCAAAUAAUCGGGAUUUGAUCCCUGCUGCUGCUUCCCAAAGAAUCCAGGAUCCCUCAGGUCUGCCUUGGGGAGAAAUCCUGGGAAUGUUGGCAUCCUGCUGAAGCCAAAGCACUCCCAAAUUCCCGUUUUCCCCUUUGGAAUUUCAAGCCUUAUGCUCAGCCCAAGUGCCUGGAAAAGUGGGAUGGAGGGAUUGGAGUUUCCCUCCCGUGUUAAUUCCCACUAUUUUUAAUCAUUAUGUGGGAAAAGGGAUUCCAGGAGAGCUCCAAUGGGAUGUUCCCACAGGAAAGCUCUGAAUCUGGGAAAUCCUGGGAAGUUCAUUCCCAUGGGAAUCCCACGUGGGGGAUGGAAUGAAUUAAUUCCAUCCUGUCCCAGGUAUUCCUGGGAUGGAUCCUGGGGCUGGGAGAGCUCCACGCCCCAACCUCCCUGGAUUAAAAACACCCUGGAAUUUUAAAGAAUUCCCAGGAUUUUCCCUCUGUUGUUCCCUGUUUUCCUUCCCUGCUGCUCCUGGGUUUUGCAGGAAGAGCCUGGAGCUCUCAGCUUUUUCCAGGAUCCAGGUUUCCCUCUUGGAUUUUCCUUCCACUUGAUUCUUUGGGAAUAUUUUCCUGGAUAAUUCCAUUAAUUUCCUUUAAUUGCUUUUGCUGCACUUUGGGAGCUCCUGGAAUUUUGGUGAGCACAAUGAAAUCUGGGAUGAACGGGUUAAAUACGGGAUAAAUCAAUCCUUGGGAAAGCUGGCUGGGAUUUUCGGGAUAUUUAUAAGCACUGGAAUUGUUUUUCCAACAGUUUUAUUAAAUUAACAUAAAUCACUGGUUUUAAUCUGCUUAAUAAUAAAAAUAUUUCUGGGAAAACGAA